AUGCCUCCAGGAGAAGGAAGCCGGUUCGUUGGAAUUGCCGAAGACUAUCUUCGUCGUAAGAUGACCAAAAUGGAGGAACGCAUGCAUUCUCUGGAGGAUGCACUAGCCAUCAUUCAAACCAAUUCGUCAAAUCAGCCUCAUCCUCUUCUAAUCAAUGCGCCAUCUCCAGACGAUACCGAGACUGAGACCGAGGAGCAAUCAAAAACCCUAAACGAGUUCAAUAGAUAUGGCCUAAUCGACGCCUUGGGUUCCUUGCAUCUUGACAGCGAGGAGCACGGUGGAGCUGUUCGCAGUGCUGUCCGCUUUUUUGGGCCAUCCGGUGGUUCGGAGAGGGCAAAAGAAAUCGUCACGGAGGCUUCGACACCACCAAGUUUUCCUCAAGAUUUUGACGCCUCCUAUCUUCCCGAAGAAAUCAAGAUAUUCUACAAAUCUUUCCCAUUUACACCUUCCGGCAUCCCAAUAGCUCCAGUGCAAUCGAUGAUAGAAUCAUUUCUACCAGAGAUAGGAAGAGCGACUUUGCUAUGCGAGACUUUCACCGAGCACUUAACCUGGAUGUUCCACAUAGUAUCGCGUCGACAUAUCAUUAAUGAACUAAUCCCCGCUGUAUACAAGCACCUAGGGAAUCCUUCCGAGCCGCUCGAAUAUGGACCACACGAUCUGGCGCUCUUAUUCAUUGUCCUUGCCAUUGGUGCUCUUGUCGAUUUCACCCUUCCUCCGUACAAUGCCGAGGGUCAACUUUAUUACAGACUUGCACGAUCAAUCGUUACGGUGAAAACGCUGCAUCUCAUGAGCAUAUACAAUGGCACGAGUGGCUUGGAGAGUAACUUGGAGAAUUCCUACUCUCUUCUCAAUUUUGCGGGCCAGAUAGCGCUUCAGAUUGGAUCUCACAAGGAUCCCUCGUUGUGGGGCUUUGAGAGUAGAGAGGCUUACGAUCGACGGAUGUCGUUCUGGAAUCUGUUUGCAGGCACCCUUUGGCAGAACUUGAUGAAAUUACUUUUCAAGAAGGAGAAGUUCCUUUGGGCUGUAAGUUGGCGCAUGGAGCCUCAGAUACACUGUGGAAUGCUUGGCGCCAGUCGUGCAAGUUACUCAAGCGGUGAAGCCACCGAGUUAUCAGUCUAUCCUGGAACUCGACCGGAAAAUUUGAUGUCCCAAAAUCACAAAACACGGUUCACCUCGAGCAGACGUCCAAAGAGAUGCAAGCUUGGGUGCGAUCUCACUAUCGGGAGCUCAAGGAUUUUUUUUGCGCAAGCUAUGACCGACUAUCCCUCUGACCCCAUGAGAAGCCCUCUAGGCCAGUCAUUUCUCGCCGCGUAUCAAAGUGCAUGCGUAGUCUUGGAUUCUACAAGAGUUCAGUACUCACUGCAGCCUAUUCUCUGUGCUCGUGUUUGGCGAAUAUGGUCUUAUGCAUUUUCUGCCGCAGUCAUAAUCGGUACCGUAGCUAUGCGUAGGUUAGGCUUGAAACUUGAUCCUCCGCCAUUCGACAAACUGGAACAAGCAUGCUCGUUGUUCAAAGCCGCAGCUGAAACAAGUAGUCGCGCGAAGAAGGCACUGCCCAUCCUGCUCAGGCUACGCCAGAAAGCACUGCUGUCAAGUCAAGACGUAGUCAUGCAUCCUGCAGCAUUCACUACUGGACAAAGUCACACUGCUGAUCAUGAUGAGCGUGACGAUGAACUAGCGAUCUUUGGUGGUCGGACAAUGCUGGUCACUCCCAAACCUUCAACAGAUUAUAUACCCUUCAGCCCAACAGAAGUUUCAGUUGACUACUCUACUGGCCCGAUGAACGAAAUACCCAUACAGGGGCAAGCUCACGAACUUCAACAGUCUUCUGGAUGCAUCCCUGUACCCUCGUCGUCUUAUCACGGGCAUCCUACAAGUGAACGUGUAGUGGGCUUGCCACUCGAAUGGGAAAACCUCUACCCUGAAAUUCCUGGACCUUCCCAUUCUUAUGACACCGGUGCUGUAUACAAUCAAGCCAUUCCCGGUAUCGAUCAUCGACAGAGAGGUAUCAUGUUGGAGGAUAGGUGGUCAUCGUUCAUGCAUCAUUGUACUGUCCCUUCAAACCACGCUCCUCCCAGUUGA